AUGAAUGCCACCACUGCGCCCCCUCCCCCGCUUCCAAAUCCCUUCACUCCGAUGGCCUUCCUGCCACCAGAUUUGGCGUAUCAGUACACCAUCUCCACGUACGUUUACGUGGGCACUUUGGGGGUAACUAUCUCAAUGGACCUUCGUUUAUCCCUCAACUACCUGGUCGUUGUUCGAUACCCUGUCAGGCUCCCUGGGUUAGUCUACCUGUUUUCGAGAAUGGCGGCCCUCGCUUGCAUCCUCUCUGCCGUCAUCUACCUAACCGCUCCAGUGGGCAUCCCGUGUCGCCUCUUCAGCAAGGUCGUUGACUGGCUGUUUGCCGUCGCCGUGCCAUCAACGUCUCUUCUCUUCCUCUUCCGCGUUCUUGCCAUAUUCGACCGGAACAAGUUCGUUUGCGCCUUCUUUAGCAUCAUGUGGCUUUGCGUUGUGGCAGGCGCCAUCACGCCCACUCAAGGUCUCAUCGGCGCUAAUAUUGGGCCUACCAAGUAUUGCAUUUACGUGAAGGUGGAGGAGUACGUCGGAGCGGCUGCGAUUAUCCCCCUCGUGAACGACACGCUUGUCUUCCUGGCGAUCUCUUGGAAGUUGAUGCGCAAUGCGCACACAUCGGCCCAUCCGCUGCGAGGAAACCUCAGUCUUCGGGCGCUCCUUCGAGGAGACUACUUACCUGCUUUUUCACGGGGGCUUCUACAGGACGGCCAGGCGUACUAUCUGACCACGGUCAUUACCAAAUUAAUGACUGUGAUCAUAUUCUACUUCACCUUGGUGCCCGCGGUGUAUCGGGCUAUGUUCGCAGUGCCCAACGCGGUGGUGAUGAACAUGAUGGCGUGCCGUGUGUACAGGCGCACAAAGUUGGCUCGCUACAGAGAGCUGAAGACCCCGAGCAGCAACCUGUCGUCUGCGAUGCCCAAUGACAGGGCGGUAAUCCCUCUUGCCUUCCCACCAAAUAGGAACAAUGCCAAUUUGAAGCAGUUGGGUGAAGUCGACGGCAAGCGCCGCCCAAUCGAAGAGAUCAAGAUAGUCAAGACGGUGGAGCACGACGGCGCUCCGUUCAAUGAAGAGAAAGGGCAUCUGAACGGCGAUGCUUCGGUGGCGGUAUAA